GAGGAGGACGCCGCACUGCUGCCUCAUUGCUGGCCAUGGACUGAGCGGCUAUGACAAACUGAGGCAAAAAGCAACAAAAUAUCUAACAGGUUUCUUAUUUCCGCACGACACGUCGUGUAACUUUGGACGUACUGCGAUUAAGGUAAGAACUGAGGACACUGGGUAACAGAAGAAAGCCGCCAUGUCUGGCACCUACAACGACUCACUGAUCGAUGUCUCUAGUGACAGCUUUUGGGAGGUUGGAAACUACAAGAGGACCGUAAAACGAGUGGAUGAUGGGAACAGGCUGUGUAAUGACCUAAUGAAUUGUAUCCAUGAGCGGGCCCGCAUCGAAAAGGGGUACGCACUGCAGCUUACCGAAUGGGCCAAGCGUUGGAGACAGCUUAUUGAAAAAGGACCUCAGUAUGGCACAGUGGAGAGGGCCUGGUGUGCUAUGAUGACAGAAGCAGAAAAGGUAAGUGAGCUUCACAUGGAGGUAAAGGCUGCUCUGAUGGGUGAAGACUUCGAAAAGGUGAAGAACUGGCAAAAAGACGCCUACCACAAGCAGAUGAUCGGUGGCUUCAAGGAAACUAAGGAGGCCGAGGACGGAUUCCGCAAGGCCCAAAAGCCCUGGGCCAAGAAGCUCAAAGAGGUGGAUACAAUGAAGAAAGCCUACCAUGCAGCCUGCAAGGAAGAGAAAUUGGCCACCAGCAGGGAGAACAAUAGCAAGCUAGAAAGCAACGCCAACCCAGAGGCCCAGAAAAAACUCCAGGACAAAGUGGAAAAAUGUCAACAGGAGGUGCAGAAGUCUAAGGAGCGCUAUGAGAAGUCUCUGGAGGAGCUGGAUAAAGUGACUCCACAGUACAUGGAGAACAUGGAGCAAGUAUUUGAACAGUGGCAGCAGUUUGAGGAUAAGAGACUGCGCUUCUUCAAAGAGCUCAUACUGGACAUCAAGCAGCACCUUGAUCUUUCCACCAAUCACAAGUUCCAGACUGUGUAUCAGAAUUUGGAAGACACAAUCCAGGCAGCUGACGCAGAGGAGGAUCUGAAAUGGUUCCGCUCCAACCAUGGCCCGGGCAUGCCUAUGAACUGGCCUCAGUUUGAGGAUUGGUCCGUAGACCUGAACCGGACACUGAGCCGGAGAGAAAAAAAGAAGCCGAGUGAUGAAGUGACUUUGACGGGUAUCAACCAAACAGUAGAACAAACAACAAAGACCAACAACAGUUUGACUGUGUCCAGUAGCACAGAACCGGUGGGCUCAAACCCAUUCGACGACGACGAUGAUGAAGAGGAAACGCCAGCAGAGCAGCCCAACAGCAGCCCAGUCAAUGCCAAAAAAGAAGAAGUUAUUUCCAAAACUGCUAGCACCGUGGAGAAGACGCAGGAUUGGUCAGAUGAGGAAACUGGGAAUCCUUUCGCAGCGGACGCUAACGGAAACGGGAAUCCGUUUGAUGAUGAGCCAGCUUCUCCGGCAGUCUCUGUACCAGUAAGGGCUCUGUAUGAUUACGAGGGUCAGGAGCAGGAUGAGCUGAGCUUCAAAGCAGGUGAUGAAUUUACUAAAAUUGGAGAGGAGGACGAGCAGGGAUGGUGCAAAGGGCGUCUGAAAGAUGGCCAUGUGGGACUCUACCCAGCCAACUAUGUGGAGGACAUUCAGUGACCAGAGACAAGAUAAGAAAAGAGUGGGGAGGUAGAGAGAAAGCUGGAUGGGGAGAAUAAAUUUGGUGUAGGGACGUUUUCAUGUGAGAGGAAGCUGCUCACUCUCCCCCCUUGUGGUGGAGGCUGGACCGACUGCUGCAGUGAAGCGAAAGACUUUUCACUCUUGUUUUCUCGUAGAUGUCGCCCUUUUGCGCUGAUCUGGGACUAGAUGCCACACUAUCUUAAUCCACCAACUUCCCAGCUGGUAUCUUUUCAGAUUGUUACAGGUGCAUGUCCAUUUGUGCAAAUGAGUUUUAAUCAACACAUCAUUCAACAAUCCCUCCGACUACUUUUAAAGAGCUGAAUACAGUGUGAUGACAGGCCUUUGAAAAAUUCCUUCAGUGCUGAUUGUUAGAUUGAUAGCAGUUUAUUCUCACCAAGUCUGAGAUUGAGCCAGAACUUUUUUUUUUUUUUUUUAAUAGAGAUCCUGACUAAAAAAAAAAAAAAGCUCCCAACAACUUUUCCAAUAUCUGUUGGUGAAAAAGAAAUAUAUGGAAAAGAGACAUUUAUUUUCUGUGCCUUAACAAUUCAGCAUCUUGGUUUAGAAAAUCCAUUGGUUACUGCUUGCUCUGAUGCCGAUGUAUUCUUCAAGACCAAAGUAUCCAGCUUUGCUGAAAAGAAACGUUGUUCUAGUAAGUCAAGUGUUUCCAUGCAUGUUAGUAUUAUAUAUAUAAGUUGUGGCCAGAAUGUUCCCCUAUGACGAAAUGUAUAACUAAGAAAGAUGUCCAAUUAAAUUAUUCUAGUUUUUAUAGGAAUGUAAUGUAAUCACACUAUUUCCCAAACAUGUAAUCUUCACAUUAUUCCCUAUUAAAAAAUUUGGUUGUAUACAUGGACAUAGAGCAAGUAGCAGUUUCACUCAGUCUUCCACUGAUUACUAUCAGGAAAAUGUGGUGGUUUCAUUUUCCACAUAUUCAAAUUUAAUGUUUUAUUAUUUUAUUACUGUGUAUGUGAAUGGGUGAUAAUUUCAAAUAGUCAUCCUUGACCCUGAAAUAAACCAGACCUAAACAAGCUUAUUUGCUGGCAGAAGGCUCAUGCUGGAGUAGUUUAUCAGGGAUUAACUGAACUGAUGUUCUUAUAUAACGGUGGCACAUUCACCUGCACAUUUAAAGGUGGUUUAAGGUGUCAUCAGGUGUCAAAAAGGGUUCUUUGGAGAACGAUUUUUGGUUUAAACUGUUCAAUUGAGUUCUUGUAAGGAGAUGUUCGUUCAAAAGUUCCAAAGGUGGUUCUUCUUCAGCAUCGCUGAAGAACCUUUGUUGUGAUCACUUGCCGAUUCACAGAUUUUCACUUGUAUUUCUCGUUUGAGCAGGCCUUUGAGUCUGUAAAGUUUCAUUCCAAAUGGCUUAUGAACCUGUUUUUUUGGGGGGAAGAAAGGUUUUUCACUCUCUAGGCUGCACUGGACAAUUCACAAUGACCACAAGAGAAAAUUCUAACACUUCACUUAAAAGAUGCCACGACCACAUGACAUCCUCUCCGACUUCACGUUUCACACCGAAGUGGAGUUACUGAAGGAAAAAAAGAUACCAGCCUUUUUGCAUGUACAUUGCGGUGAACAAAAUGAGCACAUUAAUUGGUGAUGGUUAUGAAUGGUGUAAUUUUAAAAUUCAGACUGUUAAUUUAUAAAAAUGCCUUAAGUACUUCAACUUUUGCCCAUGGACAAAUGCUGUGAUUUCAGAAUCAGAAUGUAUAUUAAUUGAGCAUUGAUAUGGCGUGUGAAUGUCAUGAACUUAUUUUGUUACAUUUGUAUAUAUGAAUUUUAAAUUUCUUGCAGAUGGUCAUAUUGAGUUAUACAGACACACAACUAUUAGCACAUUUUAGGAUGCAAUGUGUUUUCUUAAUUUUAUUAUUAUUUUUCUUUUUAGCCAAGAGUUGCCAAUGGAAAUCUCAGCCUCCUCAGAUUCGCUGAUUGGCAGUUAUCCUGUUAAUGCUGUCUCAGGGGAGACGAGCAAACUUUUGAAUGUACCGGAGUUUUGCUGUAAUUGAAAAGCAGUGGCAUAACUAUCAACUAUCAGCUUCAACUUGUUGGAUUUUGUUACAUUUAAAGCAGCAACUGCGCCCUCACAGUGCACUUUGUUCAACUUAUCACUCUGCAGUUGGCUAAUAAAGUGAUUUUAAACUGA